GAGGGAGACCGGUGAAAGAACGAUUAUUGUCGAUUUUGGCUUUCAUAGAAUGAAAUUAAAAAGACAGCGUCUUACGAAAACGUCUUAGAAAAGGAGGUAACAUGUUUUUUUUUUUGUCACUGCACCCACUUUGACACAUUUCAGAUUUGCCCUAUGGUUAACUGGUCAGAUACCCGCAAUAGGGUAUUCGACUGUAUUUAAAAUAAAUUAUGCAAAUAUGCCAUGCAUGAAAUAAAGCACCAGAUAAUUAUUAACAAAGAGGACAAAUCGCCAAACGUGUACUAUGCGUGGUUAAAGAGUUCCAUUCUGAUCAUCAUCAGCAGUUCCACUUCAUCAAAUGUCACUUUUUUAAAUGUAAAUGCUUGAUUUGUUAAAGAAAAUACAAAAACCACUAUAGGUAUGACCGUAUGCCUUUCACAUUUGAAGAUUUCCUCGAUUCCUCAUGGAUCCCAUCAUCAGAACUGAGUUUUGGCAACAGACUAUUUUUCGCGAUUUCCUGGUUGGCUCAUAGUAAAAGUUGCUCAGUACGACCUAAACAUUAACGGGUUUGAGUCCUCAUACUGUAUACAUUUAUAAAAAUAAAUUUACUGAACCCUCGGACAGCAAACCUAAUUUUAACUUGACGAACGGUAUCAUUAUACAUUGUCUCUCUUGACCUGUGGAUUGCAAUAAAUAACGAUCUACUUUAUUUAUCAAAACUUUAUCUCACAACAGAAGCACGUCACACUUUCAACUUGUUUACUUAGUUCUUUCGAAGUGUUAGCUGAAGAAUCUCUCGGUAGGUGAUCUUUCCAGAAUAUUUCAUAGUGUAUUGCCAUGAUUUGGCUGUUAUUCUGUAUGGCCCUGGCCACAACCUCGGCAUCAAACUGCGAUAUUUGCUUAAAAGGCCACUGCCUCGGUCCUGAUCCACUAAACAUUACAGAAAAUGACAAAGUCCCACCAAAUUCCGUCGAUAUCAACAACAACAUUCUAUACUACAUAAGACAUGGCUCCAUAGAAUCAAUUAAUUUGGAUAACUAUACUGUGAAUCUUAUACCUACUGUUGGAACAUUUGAAAUACAAUAUUUAACAAUAGAUCAAAUUACUGGAGAACUUUAUAACGAGUAUUACGAUCGACCGUAUUACAGAAUUUACAAGGGUCAAACUCAAAUCGAUGUGCUUAAAAAAAGUAAAGAUAUGUGGUCUUAUAAUGCAACAAUAUAUUGGAUUAACAGCGGAAAGGAACUAUGCUUUGUCACAGAUACAUCAUCGCCUUUACAAACUGUUGCUGCUUUUAGAAACAUCAAAGUAAAGAGCGUUACUUUUGACAAAUUUAGCAAUAUGUAUAUCACUACUAAAAAUGAGGUUUACAAACAAAAACCGAAUGAAGACAAAAGCGUAUUACUAUUGGGACUUGAACUCAAGGUACUUCGAGAUAUCAAUGGUGAUGUAUAUGUGAUAGAUUCACAUAGACAUGGUCUAAUAUAUCAAGUGGAUUCAGAAACAGACAAGCUUGAUAUAGUCGGUGCGUUUGGAGCUAAAUAUAACAACUAUGAGGAUUAUAUGCUUGAUAAAUAUAAUAAUAUUAUAGCUAAGAAACAAAGUACUAAUUUGUGGUUCCACUUUAAAGACAAGAUGUUACAGUGCAGAGUCAAAUUCUCUGAAAAGUAUAGAAUUGGUGUGGGGCUGGGCAAUAUUCCUGAAAUAGAAAUAAUUACGCCAGACAAAAAUGAAGAAAAUCCUUAUAGCCAAUAGGUACAAAAAGUGUGGAAUAUACCUAUUUAUUUCCGCUUUAUACAAACAAAGAAUUAUUCUAUGAGUUAUUAAAACAGAAGUAAUAUGGAACUUUGUGGACUUUUUCCAUUGCUAUUUUUUGUUUAUUAUACAUACUAUAUCAUAGAAUACUCAAUUGUAACUACUAUUAAAUAUUAAAAGUUU